AUGUUUUUUGGUUUUUUUUAUCCCCUCCUAUUCGAGCUUUCUGCUCUAAUUCCAGAUCAAGCCUUUUCACAAGGUUUGUAAGAUAAGUUUGAAUCGUAUCUCUUAUUGUUUUCAGUGUUAGAACAUCGAUGUUGGUGUAAUUCAUUUAUUCGUAGUAAUUCAACUAGCCCUGAAUUCUACCAGUCUUUGUUUUUUUUCAUAUUUUCACUUCGUUAAUGUGGGCGUUGAAUGCUCUUUGGAAACUUGUUUCGACAAUUUGCUUUAUAACUGAUAACUUGGAACGCUGCUGAAUAGCACAAUCUCAACGUUUAGUUAACUUCCAUUCAUAUAUAUCUGCUGUUGUGAAGUUGCAUAGUUGAAGUCAAUCUAUUAUCCUCUAGCGUUCAGCACUUCCACUUGGGCAAAUGUAAAUAACACUCCAUCACUUCACAUUGAGAAAUAUUUUUCAAGACUUAACUAAAGUAUUGAUUGAAAAAGCCUUUAUUCAAUUUCAAUUUAAAUUCUAAAUGAAGUAAAAAAAACAGCUACACACCUUUAAACUUGGAUAUAAUUGCGUAGGUUAACUACAGGCUUUCGUCCUUAACAUGCUUUUACUCAAAUUUACUCAAAAUGGUUUAUCAAAGACUUCUAAAAUUGGGUUCGCAGAAACAUUCGUUUUCUAUGCCUAUCUGAUCAUUGAUUGAUGUUCUUCAUUUUUCCGAAGGAAAGUUUGAAAGCAAUAUGUUAUAGUUAGAUAUAUUUAAUACUGAGGAAGAGACACGAAUGAUAACAUCACAGCACCGAAGAGCUAGAAAUGUUUACAAUUUAAAGGUUUGUGACUCUAUUUUCAAAAUUUUUGUUUGAAAUGGUAUUUCAGUAUUUAAGUCACUCAGAAUGCGGUAAAUGACAUGGCAGAUAUUGAUAACUGAGAAGGUAAGGCAAUGCAAAUUUAGGUUUUUAGGAGGUUCCUGAACAACUAUUGAAUGAGUUAAAUCGAAAUGGCUUGAUGAAAUAGCUGCGAAAAAUCUAUCUGUGAUAUGAUCAUUUUAAGUGUUCAACGACGCGAUUUUCUUUUUCAACCAAACUAAAUUUUUCACAUGUUAUCCUUUUUGUCUUGCGAAAGGUUGCAUGAUUUUACCCAAUUUGACCAAGGGCCUCCUGGGCUGGGCAUCAAACAGAGUUAGCGACAACACUGGAGGAAAAUUGUCAAUUAAAUUUGGCGGAAGUCAAAGGGCCCAAGAUGUUAUUGACAAAAUGACACCUGCUUUGCUUCCAAAAUUUACGAAUUCUAAAAUUAAGAUAGGUACCAUAGUAACGGUGUCGCAAGAUUUCUCCAACCUUUCAGGUAUUUGGAAUGGAUAGCUGCUAAAUAAACACGAGGGAGCUGACAAAAUUUGCCUCCAAUUAGAUCAGAAAAAAUUCAUGGGGAAUUUAAAAUUCUUUUGUUACGAGUAAUGGUUGUGGAAAAUAUAAGCCUCUAGAAGUCUCCACACUGCUUAGUCAUGCUGACAUGCGCACCAUAGUACUUUCUAGAACAUUUCAUCUAGUCACGCAGUUAUUACGUAAUACUACUAAAAUAGUUCUUUUGUAAGCUUCUGGAAUGUUCCAGAACACUUUGUGAAUGUGAAUGUAUAUAAGGACUCAUUUACAUAACAGUGUUGGUUAUUGUUGUCGGGAGUGAUCUACUGUUUAGUGAGCCAUACCGUGAGAGAGAGCUACGGUGAAAGAUUGCUAAUUUCAAGAAACGUUGGAGAAAACUGUGAGUUUAGCUCAGUGGUGAGCUAAGACAUAGACUGUUGUGGGCUUAAGUAAGUUUAUCGAGGAUAAGUACUGUACUGCCUUUAGGAGUCGCUCCUUAUUAAGAAUAUCACUAAUUGUUUAAUAAAGUAGCUCAGUUUGUAGGAUUGCAAUGUUUUUUGCCGGUUGAAUUGAACCGUAACACUAUGUUGACGCCUGUUUAUCUUGGUUUCGUAUGAUCUAAAAGCACUUUUAGGCCUCUAAUAAAACGGCACAUAUCUUUCCGUAAAUGCUCAAAAUGUUUUUAAAUAUCUUAAUGUUUUACUAGAGGGCUAAAUAUCGUGUAAAACACUUAAAAUAUCUUGUAUCAUAACGAACUACAGUCAAACCUGUGUUAAGCCGUCACCUACGGGAAUGUCAGGGUGACUGCUUCAAACAGGUUCCGAAGAAUAGGGGUAAUAUAAAAAACGAUGAAAAAAAGCGCCAUUUUGUGCCAUAAUUGACCACUUAUUGAAUAAAACCUCUCUCAGAAAUACUACUGACGUUGAUUUCGAAAGGAAAAUAUGGAUCAAUUUUACUUGAAAUAAUAGAGGUGACCGCGUAAUUGAGGUGAAAAUUACAGUGAUUAAGGGGAAACAAAUUUGGGACUUAAGCAACCGUCUGCUAAGGGUGCCGCUUAAUACGGAGCCGCAUAAUGCAGGUUUGACUGUAAUUUUGAAUCAAGCAAGCCAACAUUUUUAUUUGAAUGGCUUUAAAAAUAUGCAAAGAGAUUGUCAAUGAUUGUGUUAUGAAAAGGACAGUGAAACAACUUUCAAGACAACUUGUAAAUGGUUAAUCAGUUGGUAACCAUGACAGCAAUUCUGGUAUAGAACUGAGUAUUGUCCCUAAAUCAAACCAAGAGAAAGACCCAAUGAUCAGCUUAAAAUUAGCUCCUGAUACUUCGAAAACUUCCUGGAUUUUAUAAAUGUCUCAAUGCUUUCCACCAUUCUCAGUUACCUCCUCGCUUUACUCUACAACGUCCUAAUACGGCACGAGUACAAAUUUGUUUUAGUCGUAGAGAGGUAGGGGUCACCCCGGAAUUUUGAAAGGAGCCAAGAGGGAAGGGGGGGGGGAUUGAAAAGGAAGGGUUCUGAUACUGAUUGGCCUUGAAACCAUUCUUAAAAAGUUUUUUUUUUUGUGGUAUAUCUCAAACGUUGCAAUUUAGUGAAGAUGAUUUAUCUCCCUAAACAGCAGAUUUCGCCAAAGGUCCCUUCCUCGCCACUCUAUAGGCAACUUUAUCCUCUCUUCUAACCAGCCAGUCCCUUCCUCGCCACUCUCUCCUGUAAGUGGUGCCAUCAUGUCCUUUUAUUACUAAACUGUUCUUCUUUCCUGUUACAGAAUCAAAUCCCGUGUAUCGCGAGGGCAACCGCGUCUCCUCCACAAGAACCUUCCUGAGACGUACAUUCAUUAAACACGAGUUUCAAUACUUGAAUGUCCCGCUUGUUGGAACAGUGGCAGUGUCUGAUGUGUUUGACUGCACGUUAGGAUGUCUCAGUAAUCCGUUCUGUUUUUCUGUAAACCUGGACACCUUCAAAGGAGCCCAUGGAAAGCUUUGGUGCGAAUUGUUGUCAUCUGAUAAGUUCAGAAACUCCACAGAGUAUAAAGGGAAUAAAAGUUCGCAUCAUUUUUCCAUUGAGGUAGAAAGCAUUUCUUAAUUUUGACAAAUAAACGUGUUAAAAGUAUGACAGCUUUGUCAAGAUCGUUAAGAGAAGGCAAUCAGGUUAAAGCCACUGCAAAUGGUGUCGGUCUGUUGUCGUAUUCAUUGUGGUGACAACCGUAUUUCUAUGGCAUGUUGUAAAGCAUGCAAACACUUUCUCGUGCCGCGCACCAUCUUACUUACUUACCACCUUCUGUUUCCCAGGCACGUCAGCAGACUAAGAAAAUACAUGUGACUCGGUUGAAAAUUUGAGUCAAGAUACCAGAUUCUGUUUAUUUAAUUAAAGAAUGGAUCGUUGUUUAAAUCGUCAGUACUUGGUCGGCCUUUAGUCAAUUUGUGUUUUAAAAUGUUUCAUCGACAGACUUCUUCAGUUUCUGCGAACGUUCGAAACAGUUAGAAAACCUUUCCAGACUCAUAGAUCCCGACGGCUUCGCAAUAUAUUUUUAAUCUCAUAAAGCCGCUUUCUAAAAUACCAGCAAAUGAAGUAAACUCAGUAAAAAUCGUAAUACUGUAAAUGAAAAUGGAAAAAAAAUAAACAAAUAAAAAAGCCUAGAUGCUAUCAUAUGAAGUUUUUACCAUGAAAAAAUUAUACUUAAACAAAUCCGGACCGGAUUGACGGAAUAACGCGGAUUGGCAGAUUCAUGUAUUCCCUAUUCAAAGUACAUGAACUAUUUUCCUACUUUGUUUCUCUACAGUCACCUUGCUCUUCGUCACCUUGUCAACACGAAGCUACCUGUGUCACAAACUAUAGAGAUGGCUCGUUCGGAUGCCGCUGUGCAAAAGGCUUCAAAGGAGAAUAUUGUGAAAAAGGUGAAGAGUUUGGCAUGGCAUUAAAUACUAUAAUUCACAAGUGACUGCUAUAAAUUUUUUACUUAACCUUGCGGCUCGAAAAUGUUCUAAAAUAGCUAGCGAAAAUAUAUAACAAAAAAAAUAUUAAAUGCAAUGCAUGAAGAUAUUGAAUCUGUCGAUGUUCAAGUUAAUUAAGCACCUGACGGAGAAAUCGAAAGGUCUGAGGUGGGGAACUGAAUAUUUAUUUUUCUUUUUACUAACUUCUCCUCAGGCACCAAUUAUUAUUUUUUAUCACGGGGGAGAAGGGUGGAGGAUUUGGAGGAUCACAUGAUUUUCAGGGAGACUGAGGAGAGCGGAAACAUGAAAGUAUUGCAGAGCCUUGACUGAGGGAGGGGGGCGGUUACUUUCAUCGUACCACAACUCCUCCCCCCCCCCCUCCCUCCAUCGGCAGUAAAUUAUAACUGGUACCACAGAAAUGUUUAAAAUCUCUUAUUGCUCAAAGAUUUUGCUAAUAGCUUGAUACAAAAAUGUGCAACUACUCUACUUUUGUGUCCCCUACUGGACUGUAAUGGAGCCUAAAUAUCUCAAACACCUGACUUUUAUUUUUUUUCUUUACAUUUAGUUAUUGGGUCUUGCAAAGAUGCUUACAACCUUUUCAAGUAAGUGAUACCAAAUGAUUAUCUUUUCGAGCAUAAAAUAAAGACAAAAUUAUCGGAUAGUUUCAAGAGAAGAUUGUUCGCCGGAAACUAAUAUGAUCACGGGGUAAUUUAUUAUUAUCAACUGUGUUAAUAACGUAAAUUGGCUACCGUAAAGAGUUUCAAAGCUGACGUUUCGAGCAAUUGACGAAGGACUAACGCUCGAAACGUCAGCUUUGAAACCCUUUACGGUGGCCUAUUUACGUUAUCAACUCAGUUGAUAAUACUAAAUUACCCUGUUAUACUCUCCCACCGACGCAGCACCACAGUUUCUUUAGAAACUUACCCCCUCUAAUAAUAUGAUAAAGAAUGGAUGUUUUCGUAUCAAACAGGUCAAACGCCAGUCAACUGGUUACAUUAGACCUUGACUCUAAACCAAUCACAGUUCUCUGUCAGAUGGGGGAUUUUGGAUGCGGAGAUGGAGGAUGGACGCCUCUAAUAAAGAUUGAUGGCAGCAAGGUAAGCCUCAUAUGGCGGAAUAUUCUUGGCAUAGUUUUCUUGCGGGUGAUGAAGCGCGAGCAAAAAAUUUUCAGAAGCGUCGAAACUACGAUAGAAUCUCUUAGCAACUCGUCCGUAUUCUUAUCGCGGUCCCUGCUUGCGUGGCAUGAGUGCUACAAUACCCUAAAAUCUAAAACGCCUGCAAGGACCUGCAAGUAGGGUAUAGAUUGAUGGCUUUUGCGCGAACUGUGUUACUGAUUUCAUGAGGGUUCUUCCUUUGGUGAUGCAUCGUGUAAUUUAUGUUUAAGGAUAAAUUAAAUCCUCUUAAUUCUUUUUAGGCAACGUUUCGCUAUGACUCUCACUACUGGAGUGAUAAAAACCAAUACAACAUCACCGGCGGGCGGACUGGGUUUGACUCACAAGAGACCAAGUUACCGACCUAUUGGAACACACCUUUCUCCAAGAUCUGUCUCGGUAUGAAGAUAAGUGGACAGCACAGGUUUAUUGUCAUUAACAAGCAGGCCAACUCUCUGUACUCACUCAUUGCUGAUGGGACAUACCGCGCUACUUCCCUGGGUCGUAACGAGUGGAAGAAGUUGAUUGGUGCGGCGGGCUCUUUGCAACUGAACUGUAACAAGGAGGGCUUCAAUGCUGUAGGUACUUCAAGUUAUCAUUCUAAAGCAAGAGUUGGUUAUAUAGCUAACGAUCAAAACGGUUGUGGGUCUUGUGACUCCAGAAUUGGGUUUGGUACCGGAGGAUAUCCUAAUAACUCCAUUACAUGUGGAAACGUAGCAGCUCAUUCCCCAGAUAACGGUAACAGAAAUAUCACAGCUAUGGGAUAUAUUUUGGUGCAGUAAACUCUUUCAAUCCAUGUAUUACGUUAGAAAACUCACGAAGACUGGGGGAGGGGAGGUGGGGUACUGAAAAGAGCCCUUUUCCAUCUAUCCAUCCCUCUCCUUUCUCCCCUCAAACGCCAAAGUGAGAACUUGCUAAGGAAACGAUAGAUUGCCUGCUGUUUAGUUCGGCUUCUAAAUUGCUUUUUUUCCAAUAUGCGGCGAGUGCAAAGACGGGAAGAGACUUGAAUAAGGACUUUACACGCAUGGGUUCCAUUUGUACACCUUUGUGAGCCCUCAGUUUUACUGAAAUUCAGUCGACUGGUUACUAAAACUACUGUGAUGUUUAAAUCUUAAAAAGGAUGUAAAGCCAGGAUAGAACAUUUUCAGGCACUCGUUAAACAUUACCACUAAUAGGCCUUUGCUGACCGAAUCAUAUUGAGCUUUAUCUGUUUUGCUUUCUGUAUAUUUCUUUGACAACCUUUGGCUCGUGAUUUACAAACCUCUCUUCCUCCUCCAACAUCCCACGUGAGUUAUUAAGCUAGUAAACUGAUAGAAAGUGUGGACUAUUGUUUAAUUAUUGCUAAUCAUUAUUACUAAUAAUAACUAUUAUUCAUUAUUAUUAAUCAUUAAGAUUUGUGAAGUAGCCCUUAAUGCAAGUACGUAAUCAGUUGUAAAGACGUUUUAGUAUACCUAACACCAGGGCCCAGUUGUAUUAAGGGGGGAUAACGCUAUCCAACAGAUAAAUCGCUAUCCAGCGGAUAAGUGAUAUCAAACCGUAUAGCGUUAUCCACCAGAUAGAGAUUUAUCCAGUGGAUAGCGUUAUCCUCUCUUCGAACAACCGGGGCCUGGACUGUACAAAGAAAUAGUCCGACACAAGAACCUUAUUAUACUGCAAUUUCUCCACAACCGCUAGAAAAAGUGCAUAUGAUAAUUUGAUAACAAUAGGUAUAAAAUAAAUGAAAAACAAUUAAGUCAUUAUUCACCACUUGGAUGGUUUAUUUGGAUCCAACAUAAUGACCAGCUCCCAACUGGCUCGUUAGCUCAAUUGGUAGAGCGCUGCACCGGUGUCGCAGAGGUCAUGGGUUCAAAUCCCGUAUAGGCCUGAAUUUUUUUUCAGGUCUUAUUUCAACUACUAGUGCAGUAGUGUUCAUAGCUGCGAGGAUCGUUUAUAUUCGUUUCCUCACCGCAGUGAACAAAUAUGAUUUUUCAUAUAUUUGCAGUUAUUAGGCAAAAGAAUAUUUGAAUAACAAUAAAUUGAAAAGAGGGGCGCCGAGACACCAUAUUAGAAACGCUACAGUAAGAAAAUACAACUAGAAUCAAGAUUUCUAAUUCAAAUUCAUAAUUAUGUAAAAAUUUUUGCAAUUAGAAGAAUUACAAUAUAGUGGAGUAAUCUUAGAAUUGAAUUUUCAUUGUGCCAAAUACAAGAGUUCAUCAAAUACUUUAAAUAAGAUGAUGUCUGCUCACAAUAAAGGUUAUAAAUAAUGAACACCGUAUUUCCUCGACUAAGCGCCCACGCUCUUAUAAGUGCCCUUCCCCGAAUAAGUGCCUACUCCCUAUUCAUAAUGUCAAAAAAGCGCCCCCCCCCCCCCAACCCCCCACCCUUUGAAUAAGCGUCCACCUCUUCCCUCAUUUUCUUAAGUGGUAGGAAUACAAGGAAAAAUUGUUUCUAUUGACAAGUUUGAGUAAACAAUGACCGCAUUGAUUUGCACGUCAGAAAGCUCGAAGCAGCUGCAAACAUUUUUAAAAUUAUAUUGGUUGAAAUCAGCGCCUUGGAAAUGUUCACAGGAAAAUAAGAUCUUGACUGCAGCUCGUCACUAAUCGCAUUUGAAACAAAGCUGGGAUUCUUCCCUUGCUGACAAGAAGAUUCGAUUUCUAUAAACAUAUUUUUUGUUUUUUUCUAUUCCGUUUUAUUUCAAUUCUCUGCUCUGAUGUCAGACACAGCAGUUUCUCAAGGUUUGUUAUUUGCAUUUGCUACUUGUUUGAUGUUAACAUCUGAAUAUUACUUUUCUCUGUUAUCAUUCGUUAACACUUGGGAAGUGUCAUAUUUUGGUACAUGAUUUCCGGGGUAAAUUGACCCUCCCCCUCCCAAGGUUUCUCUUGGUUUUCACUAAAAUAGGUAAAAUACAUAAAAUCUCUCAAUGCGAUGAUUCUGAAGGUUUGCAUGAAUAUUGCUAAAUCCUUAAUGACGGUCCGGAUGAUGGGGGGGGGUACACUUGUCAGUUAAAAUUUCGGCCAUUUAUCAGUUUUCAGUUAGAUUUUUGGGCCAUUUGUCAGUUGUCAGUUAAAAGACUGUUAUUAAUUGACUUAGUGACUUAGUUAUUACUUCCGACCCUAUUUUUGGCGAAAAAGACACAUAGAGCGUAAAUUCUAAAAUCAAGUCGAAAAUUGAUACAAAAAGAACUCCUCUUUUCUCAAUUCUGAAAUGAAAUAAUUCUGAGAACUUCCAAAUGACUUUCAGUCUGUGUUUAAAGGGUGUCUUUUUCAAUUGGGUUAUUAAACAUCCAAGCGAAAAUGGGCACGAAUUGGCCUCCCGGAUCAGAAACCGUAGUUAGGGUAAUAACUUCAUCCUCUCGGUCAGAAAAGUCAUUUUCUGAGUCCGUGUCAUAUUUGUUUGCAUAUGUUCGCACCUCAGCAACUGCCACUUCAACGACGUAGUCGUCAGCAAUGCGACACAUGUCACAUUCCCAACUUCCGAAAUAGCUUGAACGGCUCCUUUGGCGCUGCUGAGCCCUACUGGCUGAUCUCCAGAGUUAAAAUCGUUCCCUAGUCCCGUCAACAAGUCCACUUUGGUGGAAUCUUGCUUCUUCGUGUAGACGGCCGGUGGUAAAGCCCCUGCCUUGUCUUUGGCAGUUUCCUCCCGAACUGUCCUUUGCCUCAACGGAAGAUACCUCGCCGCAAAUUCUUUCACAGCACUUUCAGUCUCGGCGUUGAUCUUUUCUGAAGGUAGGGGUGGCACAAAGUUCACAUUUGCAAACUCCGUGCUGGUGUGAGGGACAGGAUAGUAGGAUUUUUCAUGAGUAAAAUACCUGGCUGCCCAUUUUCUUACUCUCUUCAACGACUCCUCGCUAAUUAUUCCAGAGUCUUGGAAAUACUGCAAUGCGGUAAAGGUCUCGUGCUUGAAAUGGGAAACUGCGUUUAGAUUUUCCACAACUGUUGUGAGGAAUGUGCAAAUCAAUGUCUUCGAGAAAACCGUUAUCAAUUGGAGCUAUGCUGUGCAGGCGGCGCAUUCUUCCUUCAAGUAAGACUUGAGUUUUAUUAGACACAGUUCCUUCAGGGCCGUUGAUUGCUGUGGUUUCCCUUACACUGUACCGUUGUUUCACCUCAGAAACGGUCUUUGUGAUGUUGUCACAUACGAUACUUUGUCUACGGCAUCUUGAAGAGACGUGUGUGCUUUUCCUAUGCUUUGGGCUUUGAUACCAAAACUGCUAUAGAUACUUCCAAGGACUUUUAUGAACGACACAAUACCACUGAGUCUCGAUGCUAGUUUUAUGCAACCUGUAGCAACAUCCGAUACGAAUAGAGUCUUCUCCAUAGAACAGAUGCCAUGAACUUGCGUAAAAGAACAUGUUUCAUCCGUUCCAUCACUUGCUCCUUCCUGACCAGAGCACAUCAAGGUUUUAACGUUUUCCUCAGAAGGACGGAAGAACUUUACCUUUCGAUCUCCUGAGUCAGUGAACUUUAUCCCGUCUUCAAAUUCACAAAGUCUUCUGAUUUCUUUACAAGACUCCGUGUUGUUCUGUAGAAGUAGGUCAACUUCUAAGCUUAAAGGGUUGUAAACGUAAAGGCCACCGUCUAGACCGACUGCAUGCUGUAAAGUAAGCUCUUUAUGUGAGAACUUCCAUAAAUAUGACAUUCGAAAUGCCAGUCGGGUAGGUAACGAGUUUGAACCGGCAAAGCCAACUCCACUGUAAUGUAACAUUACCUGAAUAAUUCCUUUCUGAGGAUCGUCUGCACACAACAGAAUGUUUUCACUUGCAGCACAGAUAGAAGUUGGCUUUUCUAAUGGAGGGCGAGCCUGGACAAGCUUCGAGUUUCCGAAUUCAGCGGCUAAAGGUUUGUUAUGGGAGGCUCAUAGGAUUUUUGCUUAAAGUUGGCGCGCGCGCUAGCGUAUUUGUUUUUCUGGAAAAUUUUUAUGUUCUCGCUUUUCUAGGUUACUAACAUCAAAAGGGCGAUGAGCAAGGUUCACAGUCUGGAAAAGUCGAAGUUGUUACACACGGGAACUUAAAAGUCAAAAAGCACGCGACAGGUCACUUUAAAAUCUCCUUUCUUCUCACAGAUUCCUUAUUGUAAACUGUUCGAUAAUGCUAAUAAAUAAUCAAAUCAUAGACUAAUGAGCCAGCCACGAAUGAAUCUAAAACCGACUUUUUUGUUUUCGAAAGAAGCUUUCUCGGUAAUUUUGGGAAUAUUUCAGCUCGGAUGGCAAAUGAUAAGUAGUUUGUAAGUCGAAAAUUGUUUAUCGUGAAAAUAUUUUUGAGUCAACUCUGCACAUCAAGUCCUUCGAGACAUUUUAAUUUAAAGACAUCACUUGGGCUCAUGAAUCACGAAACACACUCGCGUUCAUUAGAUAUCCUAAUUUUUGGGUUGUGGAAAUGCAACAGAUGAUUAAAAAGUUUAAAGUGGUAACCAUAUUGUGUGAUCACGGACACGGUAUGUUUAUUUCAAAGUUCUCUUAGUAAAUUAUUGAGUUAACACGUAAAUAGGAACCCAUCAUCACAACUUAUUAAAAAUUAAAGCGCAGAGAUUCACGAAAACCUUUUGAUUUUCCUUCUUGCCAAGUCAUUUGCACUGUCAAUUGAUUUUUCGUUGGCAGUUUUUCUUGAAAUAGCAACUUUACAAACAACAAAACUGGCAUUGAUAUACUCCAAUUUUUUUUCCAUUGACACUGCAGUCGCAAACUUGUCAACGGGAAAACUUAUCAAGUUACACUUCCUUUAUUAUUAGUAACUCUUUUCUCGCACACUAAGACAUCCAUUGUUGCAAAACCAAAGAAAGUGCUGGUUUGUACGUCAGAAAAUAGGGAGCAGCUGGAUACGCUCAAAUUCUAUUGGUUGUAGUCAACAUUUCAGUUCCUCAAAAGUCAGUUGCAUCGAGGCAAGGCUAAAUAUCUCACAUCAGCGACGAGAUCUCCUCUCAAUAUGUUUUUUGGUCUUUUUUAUCCCCUUCUAUUUGAACUUUCUGCUCUAAUUCCAGAUCCAGCCUUUUCACAAGGUUUGUUAGACGCGUUCAUUAAUGCGUAUCUCUUUUUGUUUUCAGUGUUAGAACAUUGAUGUUGGUAAUACUCAUUUAUUCAUAGUAAUUGAACUUCGAAUCUGGAUAGAAGUCCGAUGUUCCCUGAAUUCUAUCAGUCUUUGAAACUUUCGCUUCCAUUGUCUAUCAGAUCAUUGAUUGAUGUUCUUCUUUUUUCCGAAGAAAAAUUUUGAAAGCAAUAUGUUAUUGUUAGAUAAUUAAUCACGAGAAACAGAAACGAAUGAUAACCUUACAGCUCCGAAUAGAUAGAAAUGUUUAGAAUUUAAAGGUUUGUGACUUUAUAUGCAAAAUGUAUUUUGAAAUGUUACCUCAGUAAAUAAAUAUAUUUAAGUCACUCAAAAUGCUCGUAUAUUUAUGGAAAAUAAUAUGGCAGAUGUUGAAAACUGAAAAGGUAAGACAAUGCAAAUUUAUGGUUGAGAGGUUCCUGAACAAAUAUUGAAUAAAUUAAAAUCGAAAUGGUUUGUUGAAAUGGCUGCGAAAAAUCUAUCUGCGAUAUGAUCGUUUAAGGUGUUCAACGGAGUGAAUUUCUCUUUUUUAUCAAAAUAAAUUUUUCAUAUGUUAUCCUUCUUUAUCUUGCAAAAUAUCGCCUGAUUUUAUCCAACUUGAUCAAGGGCCUCCUGGGCUGAGCACCAAACAAAGUUUGGCGACAACAGUGAAGGAAAAUUGUUAAAAAUUGUUAAAGUCAAGGGGCCCAAGAUGUUAAGACAGCUACAAGCUAUUGACAAAAUAAUAUCUGUUUUGCUUUCAAUUAGCAAAAUUUAUGAAUUCUAAAAUCAAGAAAGGUACCGUUGUAACAGUGUCGCAAGAUUUCUCCAACCUUUCAGGUACUUGGAAUGGAUAGCUGCUAAAUAAAAACGAGGGAGCUGACAACAUUUACUUCCAAUUAGAACGAAAAAUUCAUGGGGAAGUUAAAAUUAUUUAUUAAAGACUAUUUACUUUGGUCUCGUUUGAUCUAAAAACACGUUUCGGCCUCUAAUCAAACGUCACAUACCUUUCGUUCCGUAAAUGCUCAGAAUAUUUUUAAAUAUCUUAAUAUUUUACUAGAGGGCUAAAUAUCCUGUAAAAUACUUAAAAUACCUCAUAGGUUUAAUCAGCUGAUAACCAUGACAAAAAUUCUGGCAUAGAACUGAGCACUGUCCCGAAAACAAAGCGAGAGAAAAACGCAUGGAUCAGCUUAAAAUUAGCUCUCGAUACUUCAAAAUAUCACUCGAUUUUAUAAAUAUCUUAUGCUUUCCAUCACUCUCAGUUACCUCUUCGAUGAACUUUACAACAUCCUAAUGCGGCAAGAAUACAAAUUUUGUUUUAGUCGUAGCGAGGCAGGGAUCACCCCGAAAUUAUUGAAAAGAGCUGCGAGGGAAGGGGAGGAGAUGAAUGAGAAGGAGGAAAGCUGAUACUGAUCGGCCUUGAAACCAUUCUUGAAAAGGCUAAAUAAUUAUUCAUAAGAUCUAGAGUCCCACAGUUAUGAUGUACAUUUAUUAUUUUGAGCGGUAUGGGGGAGGAGGGGGGGGGGUAGUGUUCUAUAGGCCACUUUAUCCAUUCUUGUAACUAGCAAGUCCCUUCCUCGCCACCCCCUCCUGUGAGUGAUGCCAUCAUGUCCUUUUAUUACUUGACUGUUCUUCUUUCCUGUUACAGAAUCAAACCCUCUGUAUCGCGAGGGCAACCUUGUCUCCUCCACAAGAACCUUCCUGACGCGAACAUUCAUUAAACACGGGUUUCAUCACUUGAAUGUCCCGCUUGUUGGAACAGCGGCAGUGUCUGAUGUGUUUGACUGCACGUUAGAAUGUCUCAGUAAUCCGUUCUGUUUUUCUGUAAACCUGGCCGCCUUCAAAGGAGCCCAUGGAAAACUUUGGUGCGAAUUGUUGUCAUCUGAUAAGUUCAGAAACUCCACAGAGUAUAAAGGGAAUAAAAGUUCGCAUCAUUUUGCCAUUGAGGUAGGAAACACUCUUAGUUUUGACAAAUAAACGUGCUAAAAGUUUGACAGCUUUGUGAAGAUCUUAGAGAGAAGGCAGUCAGGUUAAAGCCACUGCAAAUGGUGUCGGUCUGUUGUCGUAUUCAUUGUGGUGACAACCGUAUUUCCAUGGCAUGUUGUAAAGCUUACAAACACUUUCUCGUGCCGCGCACUAUCUUACUUACUUACCACCUUUGUUUCCCAGGCACGUCGGCAGACUAAGAAAAUACAUGUGACUCAGUUGAAAAUUUGAGUCAAGAUACCAGAUUCUGUUUAUUUAAUUAAAGAAUGGAUCGUUGUUUAAAUCGUCAGUAUUUGGUCAGCCUUUAGUCAAUUUGUGUUUUAAAAUGUUUUAUCGACAGUUUCUGCGAACGUUCGAAACAGUUAGAAAACCUUUCCAGACUCAUAGAUCCCGACAGCUUAGAUAUAAAUUAUAUUUUUAAUCUCAUAAAGCCAUUUUCUAAAAUACCAGUAAAGGAAGUAAACUCAGCAAUAAUCUUAAUACUGUAGAUGAAAAUAAAAUAAAUAAAUAAAUAAUAAUAAAAAAGCCUAGAUGCUAUCAUAUGAGGUCUAUAGCAUGAAAAACUUAUACUAAAACAAAUCCGGACCGGAUUGACGGAAUAACGCGGAUUGGCAGAUUCAUGUACCUCCUAUUCAAAGUACAUGAACCAUUUUCCUACUUUGUUUCUCUACAGUCACCUUGCUCUUCGUCACCUUGUCAACACGAGGCUACGUGUGUCACAAACUAUAGAGAUGGCUCGUUCGGAUGCCGCUGUGCAAAAGGCUUCAAAGGAGAAUAUUGUGAAAAAGGUGAAAAGUUUGGCAUGGCAUUAAAUACUAUAAUUCUCAAGUGACUGAUAUAAAUAUUUUUACUUAACUUUGCGGCUCGAAAAUCUUCUAAAAUAGCUAGCGAAAAUAUAUAACUAAAAAAUAUUUAAUGCAAUGCAUAAAGAUGUUGAAUCUGUCGAUGCUCAAGUUCAUUAAGGAUCUGACGGAGAAAUCGAAAGGUCUGAGGUGGGGAACUGAAUAUUUAUUUUUGUUUUUACUAACUUCUCUUUGGGGACCAUUUAUCAUUUACCACGGGGAAGGGGGGUGGAUGAUUUUGGAGGAUCACAUGAUUUUCAAGGGGACUGAGGAUAACAGAUACAUAAGAAUAUCGCAAAGCCUUGACUUAGGGGGGGGGGAAGGUUAAUUUUAUCGUGCCACAACCAAAAUCCUCUGACCUUCCCCCCCCUCCCUCGGCAGUAAAUUAUAACUGGUACCAAAGUAAUAUUUAGCAUCUCUUAUUGCUCAAAGAUUUUGCUAAUAGCUUGAUACAAGAAAGUACAACGACUCUACUUUUGUGUCCCCUACUGGACUGUGAUGGAACAGAAAUAUUUCAAACACUGACUUUUAUUUUUUUUUUCUUUACAUUUAGUUAUUGGGUCCUGCAAAGAAGCUUACAACCUUUUCAAGUAAGUGAUACCAAAUGAUUAUCUUUUCGAGCAUAAAAUAAAGACAAAAAUAUCGAAUAGUUUCGAUGUUAAGAGAAGAUUUUUCACCGGAAACUAAUAUGAUCACGGGGUAAUUUAUUAUUAUCAACUGGGUUGAUAACGUAAAUUGGCCACCGUAAAGAGUUUCAAAGCUGACGUUUCGAGCAAUUGACGAUGGGCUCUGACGAAGGGCUAACGCUCGAAACGUCAGCUUUGAAACCCUUUACGGUGGCCUAUUUACGUUAUCAACUCAGUUGAUAACAGUAAAUUACCCUGUUAUACUCUCCCACCGACGCAGCAACACAGCUUCUUUAGAAACUUACCCUUUCUAAUAAUAUGAUAAAGAAUGGAUGUUUUCGUAUCAAGCAGGUCAAACGCCAGUCAACUGGUUCCACUGGACCUUGACUCUAAACCAAUCACAGUCCUCUGUCAGAUGGGGGAUUUUGGAUGCGGAGAUGGAGGAUGGACGCCUCUAAUGAAGAUUGACGGCAGCAAGGUAAGCCUCAUAUGGCGGAAUAUUCUUGGCGGGUUUUCUUGCGGGUGAUGAAGCGGGAGCAAGAAAUUUUCAGAAGCGUCGAAACUACGGUAGAAUCUCUUAGCAACUCGCCCAUAUUCUUAUCGCGGUCCCUGCUUGCAGAAAUUCCUCUGGUAUGAGUGCUACUAUACCCUAAUAUCUAAAACGCCUGCAAAGACCUGCAAGUAGGGUGUAGAUUUAUGGCUUGUACGCUAACUGUAUUACUGAUUUCAUGAGGGUCCUGCCUUUGGUGAUGCAUAAAAUGUUUUUAAGGAUAAAUUAAAUCCUCUUAUUUCUUUUUAGGCAACGUUUCACUAUGACUCUCACUACUGGAGUGAUAAAAACCAAUACAACAUCCCCGGCGGGAGGACUGGGUUUGACUCACAAGAGACCAAGUUACCGACCUAUUGGAACACACCUUUCUCCAAGAUCUGUCUCGGUAUGAAGAUAAGUGGACAGCUCAGGUUUAUUGUCAUUAACAAGCAGGUCAACUCUCUGUACUCUCUGAUUGCUGAUGGGACAUACCGCGCUACUUCACUGGGUCGUAACGAGUGGAAGAAGUUGAUUGGUGCGGAGGGCUCUUUGCAACUGCGCUGUAACAAGGAGGGCUUCAAUGUUGUAGGUAGUUUAAGAAAUCAUUCUAAAGCAAGAGUUGGUUAUAUAGCUAACAAUCAAAACCAUUGUGGCUCUUGUGACUCCAGAAUUGGGUUUGGUACCGGAGGAUAUCCUGAUAACUCCAUUACAUGUGGAAACGUAGCAGCUCGUUCCCCAGAUAACGGCAACAGAAAUAUCAAAGCUAUGGGAUAUAUUUUGGUGCAGUAAACUCUUUCAAUCCAUGUAUUACGUUAGAAAACUCACGAAGACUGGGGGAGGGGAGGUGGGGUACUGAAAAAAGCCCUUUUCCAUCUAUCCAUCCCUCUCCUUUCUCCCCUCAAACGCCAAAGUGAGAACUUGCUAAAGAGACGAUAGAUUGCUUUCUGUUUAGUUCGGCUUCUAAAUUGCUUUUUUUCCAAUUUGCGGCGAGUGCGAAGACGGGUGGAGACGACUUUUCCCGCAUGGGUUCUAUUUGUACAACGUUUUGAGCCCUAAGUUUUACGGAAAUUCAGUUGACUGGUUACUAAAACUGCUGUGAUGUUUAAAUCUUAAAAAAGAAGUAAAGCCAGGAUAGCAACACGAGACAUUUUCAGGCACUCGCCAAACAUUACCACUAAUAGGCCUUUGCUGACCAAAUCAUAUUGAGCUUUAUCUGUUUUGCUUUUUGCAUAUUUCUUUGACAACCCUUAGCUCGUGAUUUACAAACCUCUCCUUCUCCUCUAACAUCCCACGUGAGUUAUUAAGCCAGUAAACUGAUAGAAAGUGUGGUCUAUUGUUUAAUUAUUACUAAUUAUUAUUACUAAUAAUAACUAUUAUUAAUUAUUUUUAAUCAUUAAGAUUUGCGAACUAGCCCUUCAUGCAAGUAUGUAAUCACUUGUCAAGACUAUAUACUAUACCUAACACCAGGGCCUAGUUGUAUAAAGGGUAGAUAACGCUCUCCAACUAAUCAAUCGCUAUCCAGCGGAUAAAAUAGCAAAACGUAGAGCGUUAUCCACUGGAUAGAGAUUUAUCCAGUGGAUAGCGUUAUCCGAUCUUCGAACAACCGGGGCCUGGACUGUACAAAGAAAUACGUCCGACACAAGAACCUUAUUAUACAGCAAUUUCUCCACGGCUAGAAAAAGUGCAUAUGAUAAUUUGAUAACAAUAGGUAUAAAAUAAAUGAAAAACAAGUAAGUCAUUAUUCACCACAGGAUGGUUUAUUUGGAUCCAACAUAAUGACCAGCUCCCAGUUAGCUCAUUAGCUCAGUUCGUAGAGCGUUGCACCGAUGUCGCAGAGGUCAUGGGUUCAAAUCCCGUGCAGGCCUGAAUUAUUUUUCAGGUUUUAUUUCAACUACUAGUGCAGUAGUGUUCAUAGCUGCGAGGAUCGUCUAUAUUCGUUUCUUCACCGCAGUGAACAAAUAUGAUUUUUCAUAUAUUUACAGUCAUUAGGCAAAAGAUUAUUUGAAUAAAAAUAAAUUAAAAAGAGGGGCGCCGAGACACCAUAUUAGAAACAUCACAGUAAGACAAUACGACUAGAAUCAAGAUUUCUAAUUCAAAUUCAUAGUUAUGUAAAAUUUUUGCAAUUAGAAGAAUUACAAUAUAGUGGAGUAAUCUUAGAAUUGAAUGUUCACUGUGCCAAAUACAAGAGUUUAUCAGAUACUUUAAAUAAGAUGAUGUCUGCUCGGAAUAAAGGUUACAAAUAAUGAAUACCGUAUAUCCUCGACUGAGCGCCCACGCUCUAAUAAGUGCCCUUCCCCGAAUAAGUGCCUACUCCCUCUUUCAUAAUGUCAAAAAAGCGUCCCCCCCCCCUUUGAAUAAGCGCCCACCUCUUCCCUCACUUUCUCAGUGGUAGGAAUACUAGGAAAAAUUGUUUCUAUUGACAUGUUUGAGUGAACAAUGACCGCAUUGGUUUGCACGUCAGAAAACUCGAAGCAGCUGCAAUCAUUUUUAAAAUUCUAUUGGUUGAAAUCAGCGCCUUGGAAAUGUUCACAGGUAUAUUAGUUCUUGACUGCAGCUCGUCACUGAUCGCAUUUGAAACAAAGCUAAGAUUCUUUCCUUUGCGGACGAGAAGAUUCGAUUUCUUUUAACGUGUUUUUUUUAUUUUUGUCUAUUCAGUUUUAUUUCAAUUCUCUGCUCUGAUGUCAGAAACAGCGUUUUCUCAAGGUUUUUAAUUUGCACUUGAUACUUGUUUGAUAUUCGCAUCUGAAUAUUGCUUUUCCCCGUUAUUAUUCGUUUAUACUUGGGAAGAGGAACAAAAAUGUUUUUAACUAUCUAGACACACGACCAAUGAAUAAUGCCAUCAACGCUUAAACAUUUCCUCGUUACGAGGAAAUUUGUGCUCUGAAGUGUUGCUAAAAACCAAGCUUUAUUGAGAAUUAAUCAUACGUUGGACCGUUUAUUUCGAAGUCCUUUAUGUAAAUUAUUGAGUUAACGCGUAAAUAGGAACCCAUUUUCACAACUUAUUAAAAAUUUAUACCAAAAGACUCUCUUUAAAAGUUUUUUUUGUUCUAAAUCUUUAAUGAUAUGUAUAGGUUUCCAACAGUUAAUACUUGUUCAUAACCCACAUAUGGCAUUUCUGUUAUUUUUCUGUCGUAGCGCAGAAUUUCGCGAAAAUCUUCUGAUUUUCCUUCUUGCCAAGUCAUCCUUACCGUCAAUUGAGUUUUCAUUGGCAAGUUUUUCCUUAAAUAGCAACUUCCCUUCUUCCAAAACUGUCCUUGAUAUUUUCGAAAUUAUUUUUCAUUAACACUGCCGUCGCAAACUUGUCAAUGAGAAAACUUAUCAGGUUACACUUCCUUUAUCAUUAUUAUUAACCCUUCCCUCGCACUCCUAAUGGCCACUAAAAAGAUCUAACUCGCAGUAUUAUCAAUUUUCCAGGAAAAUAAGCGAAGAAAGGGAAAGGAAGAUGGGGAAUAAACGAUUUUGUUUGUUUAAACGCUAAAAUGUCACAGCGGAGAAAUGUUCGACAGAUGGUGCGCAGAGUUGGUAUACAGAUCCCGCAAGUAAGCGAGUUGAUACGGCGGCGUUCGUUUAAUACAAAUUUUUCCGCGAUUGCAACACUAGUGACAUGAAAAUGUUUUCAGGCCUUGUGAUUUCGGUGAUUCUACAAUAUUAUUUCAAAGCACUCAGCCUUAGUUGAGCAUUUCUCGUGAGGCCUGCGUUUACAAACUGGAUAUUGGGAGUUUAUCCUAAUUUUAAAACAGAGAAUUUUAUCUGGACGAUUCACGACAGGCUGCCCUUAGAAACAAACCCAAACGACUGGAUGUUAUUGGCAAGCUUAGAUGUAAAUAAAUGCUCAUUGCGCGAUCAGUUCAUCCGAUACUAUUUAGAAAAUGUUUCCUUUUUGGAACUAAGGGAAGAGUAAAACGGAAAUUGAGUCAUGGGAUCAUUUUAUAACUAAAACGAGUUCAAACCCCAUUUUUGACUCGUUUUCCCCUCCGCCCUUUUAAAACUCAGCCAUAGCACUGAGACAUGUUUUUGUUGCAAAAACAAAGGAAAGGGCUGGUUUGUACGUCAGCAAAUUGGGGGCGGCUGGAAUCGCUCAAAUUAUAUUGGUUGUAGUCAAUAUUUCAGUUGAUUACAAGUCGCAUAAGGGGCAAGGCAACAUCUCCUCUCCGGCAACAUGUUUUCUGGUCUUUUUUAUCCCCUCCUAUUUGAACUUUCUGCUCUAAUUCCAGAUCCAGCCUUUUCAAAAGGUUUGUUAGAUGCGUUUGCAUUGUAUCUCUUAUUGUUUUUAGUGUUAGAACAUUAAUGUUGGCAAUAUUUAUUCAUUUAUAUUAAUUCAACCCAGAAUCUGGAUAUAAGUCCGAUGUUCCCUGAGUUCUAUCAGUCUUCGUUUUUUUUGGUUAUAUUUUCUCUUGACUUGUGGUGAUGGGAGUUGAAUGCUCCUUAGAAACUUGUUUCAACAGUUUUCUUUAAACCUGAUAUCUUAGGACGCUAUUGAAUGGCAUAAUCUCAAUGUUUAAUUAACUUCCUUUCAUAUAUAUAUGCUGUUGUAAAAUAUAAUUUGUGAAAGUUACACAGUUGAAGUCGAUCUGUUGCCCUGUAACGUCCAGCCCUUCAACUUGGUUAAAUGCAAACAACACUCCAUCACUUCACAUUGAGAAAUGAUUUUCAAGACUAAGCUAAGUCAUUGAUUGAAAAAGCCUUUAUUCAACUUCAAGUUAAAUUCUAAAUGUUGCCAGAAAACAGCAACAUUUCUUUAGACCUGGAUAAAAUUGCGGAGGUUAACUACAGGCUUUCGACCUUGCCAAGCUUUUACUCAAAAUAGUUUAUCAAAGACUUCCAAAAUUUGGUUCGUAGAAACAUUCGUAUCUUAUGCCCAUCAGAUCAUUGACGGAUUUUCUUCCUUUUUCCGAAGGAAAGUUCGAAAACAAUAUGUUAUAGUUAGAUAAUUAAUCUUGAGGAAGAGAACUAAUGAUAACAUUACAACACCGAAGAGCUAGAAAUGUUUACAAUUUGAAGGUUUGUGACUUUAUUUGCAAAAUGUUAUUCUAAAAUGUUGCCUCAGUGAAUAAAUGCAUUUAAGUCUCUCAGAAUGCACAUAUAUCUAUAAUGAAUGACACGGCAGGUGUUGAUAACUGAGAAGGUAGGACAAUAAAAAUUUCUAUGAAAAAAAUGUUUAUGAGCUCCCUGAACAAAUAUUGAAUAAAUUAAAAUCGAAAUGGCUUGUUGAAAUGGCUGCGAAAAAUCUAUCUGCGAUAUGAUCGUUUUAAGUGUUCCACAAAACGGUUUUUUUUUUCACCGAGCUGAAUUGUUCACAUGUUAUCCUUCUUUAUCUUGCGAAAUAUCGCCUGAUUUUACCCAACUUGACCGAGGGCCUCCGAGGCUGAGCACCAAACAAAGUUUGGCGACAACAGUGGAGGAAAAUUAUUACUUAAAUUUAGCGAAAGUCAAGGGGCCCAAGAUGUUAAGACAGCUAAAAGCUAUUGAAAAUAAUCACUGCUUUGCUUCCAAUUGGCAAAAUUUAUGAAUUCUGAAAUUAAAACAGGUACCAUAGUAACAGUGUCGCAAGAUUUUCCAACCUUUCAGGUAUUUGGAAUCGAUGGCUGCCAAAUAAACACGAGGGAGCUGACAAAAUUUGCCUCCAACUAGAAAAAAAUUCAUGGACAAGUUAGAAUUCUUUAUUAACGACUGUUUACCUUGGUUUCGUAUGAUCUAAUAGCAUUUUUAGGCCUCUAAUCAAACGUCACAUAUCUUUCCGUAAAUAGUGGGCUAAAUAUCGUGUAAAACACUUAAAAUAACUCACAUGUUUGUUUUCAUGACGAACUACAGUUAAACUUGUAUUAAGUAGUCACCCACGGGGAAUGCAGGGCUGACCGCUUAAAAAGGUUCUAAAGAUUAAGGUUAAUUUAGGCAACGAUAAAAAAGCGCCAUUUUAUGCCAUAAUUGACAACUUUUUGUACAAAACCUCGCUCAAAAGUACUACUGACAUUGAUUUCGAAAGGAAAAUAUGGAUCAAAUUUUUCUCGAAGGAUAAUUCUUCGAUUUAUUCAAGUAGUUCCGCUUUAAGUGACCGCUCAAUACAGGUGGAAGAUUAUACAAAGAGGCCGUUCAGGCUCACUCAAAGGUGAUUGCGACCGCUUCAUAAAGGUGACCGCUUAACUGAGGUGAAAAUCACGGGGAAACAAAUUCGGGACUUACGGAGCCGCAUCAGGUUUGACUGUAAUUUUGAAUCAAGUAAGCCAACAUUUUCAUUUGUGUGGGUUUAAGAAUAAGCAAAGAGACUGUCAAUGAUUGUGUUGUGGAAAAAAGGACAGUGAAACAACGUCCAACACAACUUGUAAAUGGUUAAUCAGCUGAUAACCAUGACAACAAUUCUGGCAUAGAACUGAGCGCUGUCCCGAAAACAAAGCGAGAGAAAAACGCAUGGAUCAGCUUAAAAUUAGCUAUCGAUACUUCAAAAUAUCCCACAACAUCCUAAUACAGCAGGAAUACAAAUUCCGUUUAGUUACAAAGAGGCAGGGGUCACCCCGGAAUUAUUGGAAGAGCCGGGAGAGAAGUGGAGGGGGGGAGGGGUCCCAUAGUUAUGAUAAAUAUCAAUUCUUUUGAACGAUAUGGGGAAGGGGGGUGCAUGUUACGGUAUAAUCUUACUGACAGAAAAACGCUUCAAUUGCACAAACUCAACUACUAUAUUAAACGGCGAGUAAUGUUCUUAGCGAGGAGUGACUCCUAAAAGUGAUACAAUACUUACAAUACCACCACGGUUUAUAUCCCAGCUCACCACUGAUGCAAUCUCAGUGCUGUCUCCAAAGUCCCCUUGAACGGGCAAUCUUCCACAGUAACUCUCUCUCGGUAUAGCUAUCAAAGACAGUCGUCGCUCCGACGAUAACACUUACCGCUACUACUAUUACAUAAGUGAGUAUUUAUAUAUAUAUUCACAAAGUGUUCUGGAAAAUUCUAAAAGCUUACUUAAGAACUAUAUAUUUUAGAAGUAUUACCUAAUAAAUACGUGACUUGAUAAAAUUUUCCGGAAAGCUCUACGGUAUGCAAGUCAGCAUGACUCAGCCGUCUGGAAAUUUCUGGAAGAUUAUAUUAACAACAAUUACUCAUAACAGGGGGUAGUGUUCUAUAGGCAACUUUAUCCUCUUUUGUAACCAGCCAGUCCCUUCCUCGCCACUCCCUCCUGUGAGUGGUGCCAUCAUGUCCAUGUCCUUUUAUUACUGAACUCUUCUUCUUUCCUGUUACAGAAUCAAACCCUGUGUAUCGCGAGGGCAACCGCGCCUCCUCCACAAGAACCUUCCUGAGACGUACAUUCAUUAAACACGAGUUUCAAUACUUGAAUGUCCCGCUUGUUGGAACAGUGGCAGUGUCUGAUGUGUUUGACUGCACGUUAGAAUGUCUCAGCAAUCCGUUCUGUUUUUCUGUGAACCUGGCCGCCUUCAAAGGAGCCCAUGGAAAACUUUGGUGCGAAUUGUUGUCAUCUGAUAAGUUCAGAAACUCCACAGAGUAUAAAGGGAAUAAAAGUUCGCAUCAUUUCGCCAUUGAGGUAGGAAACAUUUCUUAAUUUUGACAAAUAAACGUGUUAAAAGUUUGACAGCCUUGUCAAGAUCGUAAAGAGAAGGCAGUCAGGUUAUAGCCACUGCAAAUGGUGUCGGUCUGUUGUCGUAUUCAUUGUGAUGACAACCGUAUUUCCAUGGCAUGUUGUAAAGCAUGCAAACACUUUCUCGUGCAGCGCACUAUCUUACUUACUUACCACCUUCUGUUUCCCAGGCACGUCGGCAGACUAAGAAAAUACAUGUGACUCAGUUGAAAAUUUGAGUCAAGAUACCAGAUUCUGUUUGUUUAAAGAAUGGAAUCGUUGUUUAAAUCGUCAGUAUUUGGUCAGCCUUUAGUCAAGAUACCAGAUUCUGUUUAUUUGAAGAAUGGAAUCGUUGUUUAAAUCGUCAGUAUUUGGUCAGCCUUUAGUCAAUUUUGUGGUUUAAAAUGUUUUAUCGAUAGACUUCUUCAUUUUCUGCAAACGUUCGAAACAGUUAGAAAAGCUUUCCUGACUUAUAGAUCCCAACGGCUUAGCAAUAUAUUUUAACCUCAUAAAGCCACUUUCUCAAAUACCGGCAAAGGCAGAAAACUAAUCCAAAAUCUUAAUACUGAUAAAAAUAAGAAAAACACUGAUGCUAUCAGAUGAGGUAUGGCUAUACCAUAAAAAUUUAUAUUAAAACAAAUCCGGACCGGAUCGACGAAAUAGCGCGCCGCGAUAGGCGGAUUAAUGUACUCCCUAUUUACCGAACAUUUACAGAUUUACAGCUGCCUUUCAAAAUGAACCAUUUUCCUACUUUGUUUCUCUACAGUCACCUUGCUCUUUGUCACCUUGUCAACACGAGGCUACAUGUGUCACAAACUAUAGAGAUGGCUCAUUCAGAUGCCGCUGUACAGAAGGCUUCAAAGGAGAAUAUUGUGAAAAAGGUGAAUAGUUUAGCAUGGUGUUAAAUUCUAAAAUUCUCAAGUGACUGCGAUAAAUUUUUCUGCUUUACCUUGCAGCUCGAAGACUUAAAAAAUAGCUAGCGAAAAUAGAUAACUAAAAAACAUUUAAUGCAAUGCAUAAAGAUGUUGAAUCUCUUGGUGCUCAAGUUGAUUAAUCAUCUGACUGCGAAAUCAAAAGGUCUGAGGUGGGGAACUAAAUAUUUAUUUUUAAUUUUUACCUCUCCUAAGGGAACAAUUAUCAUUCAUCAUUUACCACGAAGGAGCGGGGGGGGGGAACAGUUGUCGCCGAAAGAGUUUAAAGGGGGGGUACUGUAGAAAUUGGCUGUCAAUUUUAAAACUACUAACGAGUGGGGAUCGUAAGAAUUUUACAAAGCCUUAACUGAGGGGGGGAGCGAUCUGUUUAAUUUUAUCGUAACUCAACCAAAAUCCUCUGACCCCCUCCAUCGGUAAAUUAUAACCGGUACCAAAGUGAUGUUUAUCAUCUCUUAAUGAUCAAAGAUUUUGUUCAUAGCUUGAUACAAGAAUGUACAACGACUCUACUUUUGUGUUCCCUACUGGACUGUGACAAAGCCUAAAUAUCUUAAACACCUCACUUUUGUUUUUUCCUCUUUAUAUUUAGUUAUUGGGUCCUGCAAAGAAGCUUACAACCUUCUCAAGUAAGUGAUACCAAAUUAUUAUCCUAUAGAGCAUAAAAAAGAUACAAAAUUAUCGAAUAGUUUCGACGUCGAGAGGAAAUUUUUCGCCGCAAACAAAUAUGAUCAUGAAUGGAUUUCUUUUCGCGUCAAACAGGUCAAACGCUAGUCAACUGGUUCCACUGUACCUUGACUCUAAACCAAUCACAGUUCUCUGUCAGAUGGGGAAUUUUGGAUGUGGAGGUGGAGGAUGGACGCCUGUAAUGAAGAUUAACGGCAGCCAGGUAAGCCUCAUUUGGAGGAAUAUUCUUAGCGGGGUUUUCUUGCGGAUGAUGAAGCGCAAGAAAGACAUUUUCAGAAGCAUCGAAACUAUGAGAGAAUCUCUUAGCAACUCGUCCAUAUUCCUCUCGCGGUCCCGCUUACGGAAAUUCUUCUGACAUAAGUACGACAAUACCCUAAUAUCUAAAAGCGCGACGAAUUGCUAAUUAACCCGCCUACAAGUAGGGUAUUUACACUAACAGUAUUAUUGAUUUCAUGAAGGUCCUGCCUUUGAUGAUGCAUCGUGUUAUUUAUGUUUAAGGAUAAAUGAAAUCUUAAUUCUUUUUAGGCAACGUUUCACUAUGACUCUCACUACUGGAGUGAUAAAAACCAAUACAACAUCCCCGGCGGGAGGACUGGGUUUGACUCACAAGAGACCAAGUUACCGACCUAUUGGAACACAUCUUUCUCCAAGAUCUGUCUCGGUAUGAAGAUAAGUGGACAGCUCAGGUUUAUUGUCAUUAACAAGCAGGCCAACUCUCUGCACUCACUGAUUGCUAAUGGGACAUACCGCGCUACUUCACUGGGUCGUAACGAGUGGAAGAAGUUGAUUGGUGCGCAAGGCUCUUUGCAACUGGACUGUAACAAAGAGGGCUUCAAUGCUGAAGGUGACAGAAAUUAUUAUUCUAGAGCAAGAAUUGGUUAUAUUGCUAACCAGGUAAACCAUUGCCACACUUGUGACUCCAGAAUUGGGUUUGGCACCGGAGGACGUCCUGAUAACUCCACUACGUGUGGAAACGUAGCAGCAGUUGGCCCAGAUAAUGGUGACAGAUACAUCAAAGCUAUGGGAUACAUUUUGGUGUAG